CUAAUCGAAUCGGUCCUCUUGUUUUAUUAUAUUUGGAUGGGAACGGAAAUGUUCGAACAGCAGGAAGUCCUGGGUUGCGCGAAGAUGUGUUGGACGUUGCCAGCCAUAUAAUGGCAACAACGAUAAUUUUCAGGAAAGUUCUCAACAAGGCAGAACUAACCGAAAUCGUCCUAUCCUAUUGGAAUUACAUUACAGACUUUAAUGAACAAAACAUCGAAGAAGAGUACCAGGACAUGGAAAAAGAAACUGAAAUAGAGGAAAUAAACGAGGAGAAAGCAGACGAGUUCAAACAAGAUAUCGACGAAGAAGAAAUUCAAGAUGAAGAUAUGGACUACGAGCACAACACAGAGAAAUAUCUUAAAGAAGAAGGAAACGAAGAAGACGAAAUGGGACCAGAGGAACAUUUCAUGAUGCAAGAAAAGACCGAAAGCACAGACUUAAAUAUCAAAGAUAUGUAUGAAAAGAUCGAGUAA